AAGCAUCUGAGCUGCUUUGCUUUCUCCUGCUAAAGGCAGAGCUUCCAAAGAAAAGGCAGCAGCAAGUCCUGUUGAGAUCUGCAGUAGCCCUGUGUCAAAGAGGCUGGAUGGCAGCAGGAUAAAUGGAUUCUCUUCCUAAUCACUGUGAUGACAGCAUCUCAGCUGCGAGCACGUCUGAUGUCCAGGACCGCCUUUCAGCCCUGGAGCUGAGAGUACAGCAACAAGAAGAUGAAAUCACUGUGCUCAAGGCAGCGCUGGCUGAUGUGCUGAGGCGUCUCGCCAUCUCUGAAGAUCAUGUAGCUUCUGUGAGAAAAUCAGCACCAAGCAAAGGUCAGCCAAGCCUCCGAGAAGCGAUCUCCAUGUCCUGUAUAACCAAUGGGAGUGCAGGAAGCAGGAAAACAAGCCACAGUUCCUCUGUUUCUGUUGCCAGAAAAGAAACUCUUUCGUCUGCUGCAAAAAGCGGUACAGAAAAAAAGAAGGACAAACCACCAGGACAGAAAGAAAAAAAAGAGGAAUCUCAUUCUAAUGAUCCAAGUCCGCAAACGCAAGCAUCACCUUCUCCUCAGCCCUCCUCCCAGCCUCUCCAAACACACAGGCAAACCCAGGAAAGCAAGAGUUCUGCUCCAGCUAAAAGCAUAAAGAAAUCCCUGACUGCUGAGAAGCCUCACAGUGCUUGGGAGAGCUCAGACGACAGCCGGAACAAGCUGCUGCGAGUAGCAUCGACAUCUAAAUUAAUAUCAAAAGUGGCAAAGAAUGCAGAUAAGCACAAAGAUGUCAUCGUCAGCCAAGCAAAAAUGUCAACUCGUGAAAAAAACAGCCAAGAGGGAGAAUACAUCAAGAUGUUCAUGCGGGGCCGGCCAAUCACGAUGUUCAUUCCUUCAGAUGUAGAAAACUAUGAUGAUAUUAGGACAGAGCUGCCUCCUGAGAAGUUAAAACUGGAGUGGGUAUAUGGGUAUCGUGGAAGAGACUGUCGAGCCAACGUUUACCUCCUCCCUACCGGAGAAAUCGUGUACUUCAUAGCAUCAGUGGUGGUACUAUUUAACUAUGAGGAGAGAACUCAGCGACACUACUUGGGUCACACAGACUGUGUUAAAUGUCUUGCAGUUCAUCCAGACAAAAUUAGAAUUGCAACAGGACAGUUAGCUGGAGUGGAUAAAGAUGGAAGGCCUCUGCAGCCCCAUGUUAGGGUAUGGGACUCGGUGAGCCUGGUGACGCUGCAGAUUAUUGGCCUCGGCACUUUUGAGCGUGGAGUGGGGUGUCUGGAUUUUUCCAAAGCGGACUCUGGUACUCAUCUGUGUGUAAUCGACGACUCCAAUGAGCACAUGCUCACUGUGUGGGAUUGGCAGAGGAAAUCCAAAAUAGCAGAAAUCAAGACUACAAAUGAAGUUGUUCUUGCUGUAGAAUUCCAUCCAACUGAUGCAAAUACCAUCAUAACAUGUGGCAAAUCUCAUAUCUUUUUCUGGACCUGGAGUGGCAAUUCAUUAUCAAGGAAGCAAGGGAUAUUUGGGAAAUACGAGAAACCCAAAUUUGUUCAGUGUUUGGCAUUUUUGGGAAAUGGUGACGUGCUCACUGGAGACUCAGGUGGGAUAAUACUUAUAUGGGGCAAAACUACUGUAGAAUCCACUCCAGGAAAAGGACCUAAAGGUGUGUAUCAGAUAAGCAGACAAAUCAAAGCCCACGAUGGCAGUGUGUUCACACUCUGUCAGAUGAGGAAUGGGAUGCUGCUAACUGGAGGUGGGAAAGACCGGAAGAUCAUCCUGUGGGAUCAUGAUUUGAAUCCUGAAAGGGAAAUUGAGGUUCCUGACCAGUAUGGAACAAUCAGAGCAGUAGCAGAAGGAAAAGCAGAUCAGUUCUUAGUGGGUACUUCACGGAACUUUGUCUUGCGGGGCACAUUUAAUGACGGUUUCCUGGUAGAGGUACAGGGACAUACAGAUGAACUCUGGGGACUGGCAUCCCAUCCUUUCAAAGACCUAUUCUUAACAUGUGCCCAAGAUAGGCAAGUUUGUAUGUGGAAUUCUGUGGACCACACACUGGAAUGGACCAGGCUGCUAGAUGAACCAGGGCACUGUGCUGACUUCCAUCCCAGCGGAGCAGUGGUCGCGAUAGGAACACACUCGGGCAGGUGGUUUGUUCUGGAUGCGGAAACGAGGGAUCUGGUUUCAAUACACACUGAUGGCAAUGAGCAGCUCUCGGUGAUGCGCUACUCAGUAGAUGGCACCUUACUUGCAGUUGGAUCCCACGACAACUUCAUUUACCUCUACGUAGUAACAGAAAAUGGAAGAAAGUAUAGCAGAUACGGAAAAUGCACUGGACAUUCCAGCUAUAUUACACACCUUGACUGGUCCCCAGACAACAAGUAUAUAAUGUCAAACUCAGGAGACUAUGAAAUACUAUACUGGGACAUUCCAAGUGGCUGUAAGCUAAUCAGGAAUCGUUCUGACUGUAAGGAUAUAGAUUGGACAACAUACACUUGCGUGCUAGGCUUCCAAGUGUUUGGAGUUUGGCCUGAGGGAUCAGACGGGACAGACAUCAAUGCCCUUGUCAGAUCCCGGAACCGAAAAGUGAUAGCAGUUGCUGAUGAUUUUUGUAAGGUCCAUCUCUUUCAGUAUCCCUGUUCCAAGCCAAAGGCUCCAAGUCACAAAUACAGCGCUCACAGCAGCCAUGUGACAAAUGUCAGCUUCACCCACAGCGAUUGCCACUUGAUUUCAACUGGAGGGAAAGACAUGAGUAUUAUCCAGUGGAAACUCGUGGAGAAGGUCACUCUACCCCAAAAUGACCUUGUCGUAGACAUCGGUGCCACCAAAGUGCCCAUCCCUGCCGGUGACAGCGCUGCCCAGUGCCCUGCUCCUCUGCCACAGCCUUUCAAUGACAUGAACCAAACUGAAAGCGUAACUGGCAGCUCCCCAGCUUCCUUGGAGAGCAACUUGGAGCAGUCUGCAGAGGCCAGCGAGGAGCAGAGUGAGGAGCAGAGCGAGGGGAGCAGCCUGGAUCCCACCGAGCCGGGCUAUGAGGAGCCCUGCAACGAGAUGAGCGAGGAGCACAGCGAGUCCACGGUCACCGAAGAGCAGCAGGAUAACUCACCGGUGUCCUAACGCGCCCAGCUCAGGCGGUUGUGGUUUCUUUUGGUGUGCGUGCUUUCAUUACAGGGUGAGGGUUCAAAUAGGGAGAAGUAGCUGAGAUUCGUGACCACUCCAGCUUUUUGAGUUUCAGUGAGAUUUUUAUAGUCUGAGCUUCAGUUCGAUGCGUGGAACCAUCCCAAGGGCCUGGCUUGAUGGUCUUGUGUCAAGAUCCGGUCACAGUUAGUAGUGGACAUUAUCAUAGAUCCAUUUCAGUUCUGAAAUUGCUGUCAGGAAGCGGCAUGAAGUACAUACUGGAGAAGAAGGUUAGCUCUGGGAAUUAGCUCGAGUAGACCACCUUACAACUAUGUGAAAGUGCUUUCUGAAAGAGCUAAGCUGCUGGGAGGCACUGAGCUGCUCCAGCUGGGGAGCGCUGUGACAAAAAGACAACCAAAAAGCUCCUUGGCGGGGCUGUUUUCCUUUGCUUUUUCUUCAUGAGAAAAAGAGGAAAAACAAGGUCGUGAUGCCACGUGUAUGGCAAUGCCUUCUUGACCCAACACGUAUGCAAUUUUCUAACACUACUAAUUCCUAGUGGAGUCUGGAUGUGUUGGCAGUUGGUCUGCCCUGGGUGCUGCUAGUUCUAAGGCAAAUCCUGUCAAGGAGCGGUGUUGGCUGUUCCGUUUUCAGGCUGGUUAAUAACAGACUAACCCAGUGCUGUCGUGUUUCACUUUUCAUGACCUGAAACUGUAGGGUGUCGUUAUCUCUUCAAGGAAUUGCUUGCCUAGAGAGUUUGAAGCUUCAAGAGGAUCUUUACGGUGACUUUGACGUGAACAGCAGAGGAAGCAGGACGAGAACACACAAGUCAGAUGGGCUCCAGAGUUACACGUUAAGCCUUCAGUCAGAACUUGCUCCAUCCCUAGUAGGAGAACUAUAGAUACAGUUAAAUUAUUAAAUUGGUGCUUAGCAUUAGUGCAUUCAGUUGAUAAUUCUUUCUUCUGCGUUUGUAGAGGGAACUCUUAGGAGUCAUUAAACUGCAAUCUCUACUUUUUGGUUCCCCCC